AGUUACUGAAUCUGACAAAAACCCGUUCCACUGUUGACUGUGCUCAGUACUCGACUCGAUUCACUCUAAGCGACGUCGGAAAAGGCAAUAUACGGCAAUAAUAUCUAUUAAGAUAGCAGAGAUAAGUGAAAGGGAGAAAGAACCGAGAUGGCAGCCAGCAAGUCACAGAUCGAGGAGCUGUACGAGUUCAUCUAUCCACUGGCAGUACGAGCUGGAGAAAUCCUGCUUGAGGGCUAUCAGAAUGCAGGAAAAGCGGUGGAUCUCAAGGAUGGGGAAUUCUACAAUGUAGUCACUGCCUAUGACAAUCAGAUCGAAGAAUUUCUCAUGGACAAGAUAUUGGAAAGUUAUCCGGAUCACAAGUUUAUUGGCGAGGAGGAUACCCACAAGAAUAACAAUGUGACCAAGGAGCUGACGGACGCUCCCACCUGGAUCAUAGAUCCCAUCGAUGGCACCUCCAACUUUAUCAAACAAAUUCCUCACGUCUCGGUUUCUAUUGGUUUGUCAAUUAAGAAACAGAUUGUUAUUGGAGUGGUUAAUAAUCCUGCCCAGAACAAGCUGUACACUGCCAAAUUGGGUCAGGGUGCCUUUUGCAAUGGGAAACCCAUCCAUGUGAGCAGCUGUGAACAUAUCAACGAUGCCAAUGUGGCAUAUGAAGUGUGCUUGUUGCAUGCUCCAAAAAUCCGGAAUAAGCACAUAAAGAGAAUCUACCAUGUGGGUUCCAAUGCCAGAAGGCUUCUCGCCUAUUCAGCUGUGGUAGAUUCACUUUGCAUGGUUGCCGCUGGUAACUUGGAUGCCUUCCACAUUGAGGAUAUGUAUCCUUGGGACUGUGCAGCUGGUUAUUUGCUAAUCCGUGAGGCUGGCGGUGUGGUUACCCAUCCCUAUGGUGGUCCAUUCGAUAUUAUGAAGCCAGAUUUAAUCUGUGCCGGAACGGAGACUCUAAGAUCUGAGAUAGAGCAACUAAUUCGAAAGGCUGAUAAGGAGCCACAUGUGGGCGAGGAGUGAGAUUUAAAGCCCUAAUAGCAUCUGUAAACAAGAAUACCGUCUAAUGGUCAACAUAAAACUGAAUUUAAUUUAAAUCGGGCAAUGAUAAGGGAUCCUUGGAAUCAUCAUGCAAACACAGAUUAAAUCGAAUGUUAAUCCAUGUCAUCAUAACAAUAAUUACACCCCACACAAGGCAAACUUUAAUAACAUAAAAAUAGAAAGAAGAUUCGACAACUCAUCAUGCAAACACACUAUUGACAUGGAUAUAGCUGUAAUGCUAGCAUAUAUUCUGGAUAAUCCCGAGUUAUAUAAAUGAUUCUUAUCACUUA